GAGCUUAACCAGGUAGCGGCGCCGCAAGCUCCCUUGAAACUUGAACCGAGUCAAACCUGUUGAUUAGGUUUUUGGUGUUAGUUCUUUGCCUCCUCGUUGAGUGUCUAGUCAAGCCGAGCUAAUUCUCUUGCCUGAGAUUGACGACUUUUUCAAAGCGACCAUCAUAGAGGUAGUCUCUCUGUGAGAGGAGGGAAGAGGAAGACAAGCAUAUGAAGCCAGCAGUCCCAGCAGCCAGCAGCCAGCAGCCAGCAGCCAGCGCUCAAUGAUGGCUCUUGUCAUGGGUUUCUGGCUCACUUGACCACACCUGGGAAGGAAAGGGUCCUGAGCCCUAGGGACCAUGCCUCAGGACUACCUGGCUAGAUGACUCCUUGCUGUCCCCAGUCCACCUGGCCGUGCUGCUGCUCCAGUUUCAACUGUUCUGCCUGCGGCUAUGGAACCCUGACCUGCUCACAGGAUGUUCUACCUGUCCCACACCUAUUAUUUGACCAUGCUGGUCAUUUAUGAACAUUUGAACAUCUUGGCCAUGUUCUGUUAUAAUCUCCACCUGGCACAGCCAGAAGAGGACUGGCCACCCCUCAUAGCCUGGUUCCUUCCUAGGUUUUGGCCUUUCUAGGGAGUUUUUCCUAGCCAACGUGCUUCAACACCUGCAUUGCUUGCUGUUUGGGGUUUUAGGCUGGGUUUCUGUACAGCACUUUGAGAUAUCAGCUGAUGUACGAAGGGCUAUAUAAAUACAUUUGAUUUGAUUUGAUAUAGGUAAUGUAGUCAGCACAGGUGCUAUUACUAAUUCAUCAGUAUAUGUGACAUAUACAGUUGAAGUCAGAAGUUUACAUACACCUUAAACACAUUUAAACACAUUGAAAUAUAUUUAAACACAUUCAAACUCAGUUUUUCACAAUUCCUGACAUUUAAUCAGAGUAAAAAUCCCUGUCUUCGUUCAGUUAGGAUCACCACUUUAUUUUUAAGAAUGUGAAAUGUAAGAAUAAUAGUAGAAAGAAUGAUUUAUUUCAUCACAUUCCCAUUGGGUCAGAAGUUUACAUACACUCAAUUAGUAUUUGGUAAUAUUGCCUUUAAAUUGUUUAGCUUGGGUCAAAUGUUUCGGGUAGCCUUCCACAAGCUUCCCACAAUGAGUUGGGUGAAUUUUGGCCCAUUCCUCCUGACAGAGCUGGUGUAACUGAGCCAGGUUGCUCGCACACACUUUUUCAGUUCUGCCCACGAAUGUUCUAUAGGAUUGAGGUCAGGGCUUUGUGAUGGCCACUCCAAUACCUUGACUUUGUUGUCCUUAAGCCAUUUUGCCACAACUUUGGAAGUAUGCUUGGGGUCAUUGUCCAUUUGGAAGACCCAUUUGCAACCAAGCUUUAACUUCCUGAUGGUGUUCUUCGGCUUGCAAGCAUCCCCCUUUUUCCUCCAAACAUAACGAUGGUCAUUAAGGACAAACAGUUAUAUUUUUGUUUCAUCAGACCAGAGGACAUUUCUCCAAAAAGUAUCAUCUUUGUCCCCAUGUGCAGUUGCAAACCGUGGUCUGGCUUUUUUUAUGGCAGUUUUGGAGCAGUGGCUUCUUCCUUGCUGAGCGGCCAUUCAGGUUAUGUCGAUAUAGAACUCGUUUUACUGUGGAUACACAUACUUUUGUACCUGUUUCCGCCUGCAUCUUCACAAGGUCCUUUGCUGUUGUUCUGGGAUUGAUUUGCACUUUUCGCACCAAAGUACGUACAUCUCUAAGAGAUAGAAGGUGUCUCCUUCCUGAGAGGUAUGAUGGCUGCGUGCGUCCCAUGGUGUUUAUACUAGCGUACUAUUGUUUGUACAGAUGAACGUGGUACCUUCAGGCAUUUAGAAAUUGCUCCCAAGGAUGAACCAGACUUGUGGAGGUCUACAAAAAAAAUUCUGAGGUCUUGGCUGAUUUCUUUUGAUUUUCCCAUGAUGGCAAGCAAAAAAAGGCACUGAUUUGGAAGGUAAACCUUGAAAUACAUCCACUGUUACACCUCCAAUUGACUCAAAUUAUGUCAAUUAGCGUAUCAAAUGCUUCUAAAGCCAUGACAUCAUUUUCUGGAAUUUUCCAAGCUGUUUAAAGGCACAGUCAACUAAUGUAUGUAAACUUCUGACCCACUGGAAUUCUGAUACAGUGAAUUAUAAGUGAAAUAAUCUGUCUGUAAACAAUUGUUAGAAAAAUGACCGGUGUCAUGCACAAAGUAGAUGUCCUAACCGACUUGCCAAAACUAUAGUUUGUUAACAAGAAAUUUGUGGAGUGGUUGAAAAACUAGAUUUAAUGACUCCAACCUAACUGUAUGUAAACGUCCGACUUCAACUGUAACUACAAUGGUUACUAUUGAGAUAUUCCUAUAGGAUAUUCAAAAACGCACUCACACAUCUGACUUAUCUUGUUGCAGGCACAUGGGGAAUAAUGCGACAACGUCAAAGAAAAAGAAACCCACACACUGCUCUUGCUGAUCAUUUUUUAAAUCCAAGAUUACAUGAGAUAUUCUAAAAAGACCAUAGCAUUGCUACUAGGUAUGUGUGAUGAGGAGAUGAGUGUGUGGAUCUGUAAACCCAUGGGCCUUCAGCAGGGGUGGGCAUCUUCCUCCUGAAGAACCAGGUUGAUAUCUCAGCCUUUAGACUCAAGCUGCAGAACAUCGCUGAGAGUCAUUGCAACAGGAAGCUGCUUUUUUGCCUGCCCCAGGCAUGCAUCGUGCAGCGAUGGGUGAACACUAGGGCUGUGAACACUGCUCUAUUAGGACAUUCAGUACUUUGUCUGCAAUAUGGAAUUGCAGAUGAUAUGAUCAUAUCAUAGAGAUAGAUAGAGGACAUCUUUGUAGCUGAGCCAUUAUUGCGUCUGUGAAAGCAUAGGCAGCGCCAUUAAGGCAAUCUCCAAUUUGAAGUAGUCAAUUUUCUUCUUCACGAUUGGCUGAUCCCUCCUGAUGACUCGGUUGGACAUGACUCCAACAAAGUCACCAGGAGGGAUCAGUCAAUGAAGUUGGAAGUCCCACCCAGUUGACUACAUUGAAUGGCCACUAGAGGUCUCUAUCAUUAUCUAUGGGUCAUAUACAUUCGGAAAUUUGUGUUUAAUUCAAUGUGGUUAUACUGUAGUACUCCGCGGCAGCCACGCAGCUUGUAUAAACCAAAUUUAGAAAAGUGUUUGAAAAUUCUCCAUGAAUUGCAAAACUGCCAGUGUCAACCAGAAUCACAUAUGUUAUUCCAUUUCUUACCAACAGAGGGAAUACAAGAUCUGUUUAUAAAAGAGAUGUACUGUAGAUACAAUGCUUUGGGCCUGUAUGUGUGCUGGUCUAGGAUCAGUUUAGCUUAUAGAUAAAAAUGAAUAAGAUUAUAUGGACUGGCUUGAUCCUAGAUCAGCCAAGUGGAUUAUAAUGUAUAAUAACUAAUGUUUCCUCAGCUAUGUCCAGAACACUCUGCUCCUGAAGGCGAGAAAGUUUGACGUGUGCUUCUAUUUCCUCAUUGCCUGCGCCACACCCACACACCUGUUAUUUUGCCAUGGUUACCUGCACUUCCUGUGACCUUUAUGACCCCAACCCCCACAACCUCUCUUCCCAUUUGACCAAUAAGAUGAGUAGAAAAAAGAUGCUUCUCUUGCUCGGCUUGCAAAAUUAUUUUGCAUCCCCUGACCUGCAAGAUUAGUAAUAUAAUCUGACAUUCACUAUUUCAGAAUCAGGUAGUCAACAGAUGCAUCGCCAUAGAAUGCUGCAUGAAAAUAGACCAGAAACCAGGUCAUAAAAUAAUGGUACCAGUCCACUUCCAACAACUCUCUCUCUCUCUGGUUCAUUCAUGUGUAUCCUGAUCCCCUUGCUGUUUCCCCACAGUACAAGCAGAGGAAAAACCCUCUGUAGAGUGUGCUGAAGGAGGAGACCGACUGGUUCAUGGACUGAUUUAACACCUACAUCAAUGACAAGCUCAGGGUUGACAAGGGUCUGCCUAGGGAAUGGGUGCUGGGUACUAGGUAUUUUGACCUGAUUGGGUGACUUCAUGAUUGACGAGAACUUUAAGGCUAAUUUGUUUUUAAUAUUCAGUGUGUGUGUGGGUUUCAAUGUAUUAAUGAGCGAUUGGUGAAAUUAACAGCUGAAGUACUUGUUGUGUCUGAGUCUGUCCUAAUCUAGGUUUGGCUGUUGAAGAUUAACUGUAACCCAGUCCACUGCACCAACUGCAAGGUCCUGAAGGAAGUGAUUCCCAGUACUGUUGAGGAUACUUCAGAAUUCUAAAAAGGAGGCUGACAGGCUUCAGAAGAAGUUACGUUUUCUUUGUGACACCGUCAAAGUGAAAAGACGACUGAGGAAGUUGCGUGGCUCUCUGGGUGGUCUGAGUGCAAACUGACAGGAAGGAAGAAAGAGUGCACUGUUACGCUGUUCACAGUUUUUCGCUUCUUGACUAAACUCAUCUCAGGAACUUUGGCACCUUUUUCUUGGUAUUUCAGGGACAGUGAUAUUGUGUUUUAGGAAAAAGGGGGAACUAAGAAGUUAAGCGACAGGCGUAUCCUCUUUUCCUCUCCAUCCCCCCUCCCUCUCUCUACAUAUCCCCCUGUCUGGUCUUAGUGCAGUGCAGAAGCUGUGGGGAUGGGUGCAGAUGGAGGCAAAUGGUACAGUAUAGUUAGUGUGAGGACUAGGGCCUGAGGGUGAAGGAAAGAGUUCUCUGUCUGUCUGGACUGGACUAGGCUGCAAAAGGAGAGAAGAGGAGAGGGCUACCUGGUCAUGGGAUGCUGUAGUGUGACUCAGAGAGGAGCGCAUUCUGGGAUUGACGAGGUGGGCCCUGACGAAAUCGAGCUUCUGGAGAUUGACAACUCAGGGAUAUGGACUCUAGGAGAGAGCAGGCUUCAGCUCUCUGUGAGGAAUGGAAAAGACGGUCCAACCUCUCGCUACCCUUCAGUGAGGCACCUCGAUCAGGAGAUUGUGCUAUGGGGCAGGAGCAGAGAGGAGAUAUACCACAGCAUAUACAACCAGCCCAUCCGUGAUUGGGAGGGCCAGCCUGCACACAUGUAUGGAGAGAUAGUGCACUCCUCCCGUGUGUCUCUCCACAACAGCUACACACAGGAGACAAGUGAACACUAUCUGGUGCUGUUCUCCUUCCACUUAUUGAUUCUAUAUCUGGAUCCCUCUCGUCAAGACUUUAUCUACGAGGGCAUCCUGCCUCUCUCUGGACUGACUUUCCAAGCCACCUCACUGGACUCCAACAAGCAACACAUAUUCCAGAUCAGUGGUCCAAUGGUGGACUCCAAAGUCUUCACCUGUGCCAGUGCAGCCGAGCUGAACAAAUGGAUACACCACAUGGAGGAGAGGAUAUACAAAUCCAUUAGCCAACCGCGAAGCCCCUCCAGCUGUGCGCUGUCUUACCUGGUACCCUGCGAUGAGAGCUGGAAGAAAGAGGAACUGAAAAAGUAUUUACUGCAAGCCCCAAUAAGGCACUGGGAAGGGGCCCCCAUCCAGCACAUGGGCCAGCCAGGAUACAUAUCCAUGGUCCACAUCUUCAAUACACAGAGACAGGGACUUCAUGAGCGGCUACUCGUACUCUUCCCUCAAGAUGUCCUCUUGCUCUCUGUGGAUAACGAGCGCCUCAGUGUGAAAUAUGAGGGUAAAUUGUCACGGAAAAGCAUUGCAGCCGUGGAGAGGUCUGCAUUACCUGGGAGGCUGGAAUUUGAGUUAACAGGUGAACUGAUGGAGCCGCUGCAGAUAUCCUGCACCUGUCCUGAAGACUAUCAGAACUGGAUCUUCCAGCUACAACAGCUGGAAAAAAACCUCCAAGCUACCUCAAACCACACGGCUCCACCCGUCAUGCCGAAAAAACUGUGGAGCAGGAAGGAGUCCCGGGAACCAAUGACAGUAGCACAAGACUGAGACUCACUGGCCAAUGGCCUCACUCAAUAGAAGACUCAUGCCUCUUUUCAUCAAUAGACACUGAAAUUGUGGAUAGCAUGUACUGUAUACAGUGUAUAUGCAUACAUUAUUCAGUCGGGUACAAUGAAAUUAAGAGAUUCUGGUUAAAUUUCUUAUGCUGUAUGUAGAACUCUGCUUCACUAGUGACAGUAAUAGCAAUGGAUAGGCUAAAUUGGGAGUAUAUUUUUAGUGCACUGAUCUAACAAUAUUUUUCGUCAAAUCGCUGUUUAAACCAAAAUAGAAAAUGUAGUGCUGUUCAUGACCUUUUCCAUAUUUUCUAUUAGGUUGGUCUUGAUACUGUAUGUACAAACUCAAUAAACUUUUUUUUCAUCACUA